UGGUAGUAGCGCGUUAUGACCCGGAUGUUAGAUUGCAGCUGCAAGUUUUCGCGUGUACCUGCCGACCCGGAUGUAACAUUGCUAUUCAUGGAUUUUUGAUGAAAAUUUUAUAAUUAGUGUCACAAGGUAUUACUAAUGUCAUCGCACUGGAUAAAAAAAUAUGUUCAAUCGGAUAGAUGCGAGCAAAUCGACGAAAGGUGCGAGCAAACUACGAAGGGACCUGAUAAACGCGGAAAUCGCGAAUUUACGUGAUCUACUGCCACUGCCACCGUCAACACGACAGAGACUAUCUCAGCUACAGCUAAUGGCACUAGUAUGUGUUUUUCUACGUAAAGCUAAUUAUUUUCAACAAGCGUUGAAGAAUAGCUCAUCGGAGUCGAACAUACCGACGCCAAAUAUUGGAUUUUCGAAAGCCAUGUCCGGGUUCAUAAUGAUGAUGACACAACAGGGUAAAUUACUGUACAUAUCUGAGAAUGCUGCCGAGUACCUGGGACACUCCAUGGAGGAUCUCUUGAUUCAUGGUGACAGUGUCUACGAUGUUAUUGACAAACAGGAUCACAUGGUUGUGCAGAAUCAGCUGGCGAGGAGUGGUCCAAUGUCCAGCAAUGAUCGUAGAUUAUUCCUCUGUAGAAUUAAUGUCUCUCGCAAUUCACGCCGACAGUUGCGAUUUGGUGACCAAAAGGUGGUGCUUGUGGAAGGUCAUUAUCUUCCCUUCGUACCUUUAUGUAAUCGAAAUGAAGCAGUAUUCCUGGCGUCCUGCACACCGGUGGUUCUUCCUGAGACCCGAGAGAGUGUAGUACAAGGGGCGACAAAUAUAUUCACUACAAUUCACUCAAUGGAUAUGAAAUAUCUCCACAUCGAUAAAACGGCUGAGAGCCACUUGGAGUACAAUAGGUCUGAGCUGGUGGGUGUCUCCUGGUAUAAUCUACUCCACUGGGACUGCAUUAGAACUGCUUACUGCAAGCACCAAAGUGUGAUUCAAUCUGAUCAGGAUCGGACGAGUACUGCUCUUUUGAGACUGCAGAGUAGCUCAGGGCGUUGGUUUUGGAUACACUGUGUUCUGCAGGUGAAAGAAACCUCGGAGGAAUGCCAGCACCCGAUAAUCGUCUGUACAAAUCAAGUAUUAAGUGACAAGGAAGCCGAGGUGAUGCGUUCGAGCUCAUGGCUGUACAACUACUCAUCCCAAUCGAAAUUCACGUACGGGAUUUGUCCAUCCGCUGUGUCCCAGCAGUCGCACGGCUCUCAGUACCAGGAGACAUAUCCACGUCCGGUUUUAAUGCAGACCCACAAUCCCUCGGAGUCAUCACCAGGUUCUUACGAGGCUGAUUAUCCAGCGCCAGGUGCUGUUAAAGUGACCACUGGACCUGAGGACAUUGAACCUGUUGACAUGUCCAUCAACAGUGGUGAUCACGAGGCAAGGCAUCUCUAUCAGAUGCCACAUCAUCCUGCUCAUCAUCAUCAUCAUCAUCACCAUCAUCAUCAUCAGGGGCAUCAUCCACAGCAGCAUGGACGAGUUAUGCAGAAAUCUGGAGGGUACAGAGGUAAACUAUCAGUGCACUACCUCCAUAGUCGUCAAUACGCACCCCCUGAUUCACCAAAAUAUAUAACAGACCUGGACGUCUCCUACGGGGAAGCAUGCGCCGAACGUCAAUCAGUCCACAAAAGACUGAUAAAAGUUGGUGGUGGAAUGAUACUGGAGCCAACGGAGACGGUUGACCACUGGACAUCAUCGCCAAUCUGGUCGGACACCCUGCAGAGGGUUCCAGAUGUCGUUCAUCAGGACUUGAGCCCCUACAUUACAACCCCUUCAACCCCAGUGGAUACGCCAGACUCAGCUGAUCUUCACUCCGAAGUUCCGGUCUUCAAUUUCGACUGGACUACAGAGCAACAUGUGCCCAAUGCCAAAAUAAUGGUCAGGAGGGACCUGGAGCAGAGGCCGGAGGAGAGAGAGUCACAACCGAUUACUCUCCAUUUACCCAGAAGGAAACACCAGAGCGACGAGGAUAAGGAUUACGAUAAAUGAAUUCAUGUGCUGUUUUUAGUUAGUUAAUUAUUUGUUUUAUCUAGAGUAAUAGAUACUUUUUUUUUGGUUUGUGAGCGAAAGGAAGUUGUAAAUGUAGCAUUGCCUCAAUAAAA